UUCAUUUAUUCCCAGAAGAAAAUAUAGACAACCACCUUUUAAACUCUCUCUCUAUAUAACCCACUACCCUCGUACUCUUUCAUUUCAUUGAUCCAAAAAACUAAAAAUCUUGCCCACCUCUCCACCUUUAACCUUCAGAAACAUGGCAAGAGUUUGCCUUUUCUUCCUAGUUCUCUGCUUUGUUCUUUACAUGGCUGGCAUGGCAGAGUCCACUGUUGCCAGACAUUCCAAACCCACAGAUUUCAUCCACGCCUCGUGCAGGGCCACCCGCUAUCCUGCACUUUGUGUUCAAUGUCUUUCACAGUAUGCAAGUGCAAUUAAACAAAGUGAUAGGCAAUUAGCUCAAACAGCCUUGUCAGUGAGCUUAGCCAGGGUGCGUUCAUCUGCUGCGUAUGUAGCCAAGAUGACUAAGGUUAGAGGGAUUAAGGGCAAGGAGUAUCAAGCUGUAAAAGACUGCAUAGAGAACAUGGGUGAUAGCGUGGACCGGCUUAGCCAGUCGGUUCGUGAGCUCGGCCAUAUGGGUCGAGCUGUAGGUCAGGACUUCAUGUGGCAUAUGAGCAACGUGCAGACUUGGGUUAGUGCUGCGCUCACUGAUGAGAACACUUGUCUUGAUGGGUUUGAUGGCCAUGCCAUGGAUGGAAAUGUCAAAGCUGCUGUAAACAGAAGGGUCACUAAUGUUGCUCAAGUCACUAGUAAUGCUCUUGCAUUGGUUAAUCGUUUUGCUUCUAAACACCAAGCUACUACAGCCCUCGAAAAGCCUUAAAGUUUGUCUUAUGAGGUUUGAUGGUCAUUAUGUAUAUGUGAGAUGAUAUUUCGUAAGUAAGGUUUGUUCCUGAACUAGAUGGUGUGUUAAGGUGGUCUCUGCUUGCUGCUUAAUGUGUAAAUUAAUGUAAAAUGGACCUAAUGAUAAAAUUUGUAUCUUGCUUAUGUCUGCCUUAUAGAA